CGGGCCGGGAGCACGGCGGCGGCUGCAGCAUGGGUCCUCGCCCGCGGCUUCGCUGAGCCUCGCUGGCCUAAGCUGCCCGCGGCGCCCGCAGCGGCGGCGGCAUGAAGGGGGCCCUGGGGAGCCCGGUGGCCGCCGCGGGCGCCGCGAUGCAGGAGACGUUUGGCUGCGUCGUGGCCAACCGCUUCCACCAGCUGCUGGACGACGAGUCGGACCCAUUCGACAUCCUGCGCGAGGCCGAGCACCGGCGCCAGCUGCAGCGCAAGCGGCGCGACGAGGCGGCGGCGGCCAGCGGGGCCGGGCACCGCGGCGGCCGGAGCCCGGCUGUGGCCUCAGGAUACAGACCCUGCGCGGCCGGCCGCAGGGAGUCGCAGAAGGAGCGCAAGAGCCUCGCGGCGUCGGGCGCACAGCAGCCGGACAGCCCUGGGGGCCCGCAGCCGCCAGCAGGCCAGAAGCGGACUCCUAGAAGAGGGGAGCAGCAAGGAUGGAACGACAGCCGGGGGACAGACGUGUUUGAUAGAGCAGAGCGGAGGUCCUACAGGGAACAUCGACUCUAUGACACUGAGAGACAGGCAGAGUUGACAGCGGAGAAGUCUACUGAUGAAAAACCAGUUGACAGGUUUGAUCGAGACAGACCACCAAGAGGACGUGGAGGCCCCAGAGGAGGCCUGAGGAGCAGAGGCCGAGGUGGUCCUGGGAACAGAGCUUUUGACUCCUUUGACCAAAGAGGGAAACGAGAUUUUGAAAGAUACAGUAGCAAUGAUAAAGUAGCAAACAGAAUGGAGGACAGCGUGGGUGGCUAUGGUGUCCGCCCCUGGGGAUCAGGUAAAGACACUAGUGACACAGAGCAACCUGCACCCAUGGAAGAGAUCUCAAUGAUGGAGGAGUCCCAGGGCGCCCUGGAUGAGGAGUCUCUAGCCAAAGUUCCUGAGUUGGAGGUAGAAGAGGAAAAUCAAGUUCAAGAGAUGACCUUAGAUGAAUGGAAAAACCUUCAAGAGCAAACCAGACCAAAGCCUGAGUUCAACAUCCGGAAGCCAGAGUCCACAGUUCCUUCCAAGGCAGUGGUGAUUCACAAGUCCAGAUACAGAGACGAUAUGGUGAAGGAUGAUUAUGAGGAUGAGUCCCAUGUCUUCCGGAAAGCCGCCAAUGACAUCACUUCCCAGCUGGAGAUUAACUUUGGUAACCUCCCUCGCCCUGGACGGGGAACCAGAGGUAGUACACGAGGAGGGCGAGGAAGGAUCAGAAGAACAGAGAACUAUGGCCCCAGAGCAGAAGUGGUGACACAAGAUGUCGCUCCCAACCCGGAUGACCCUGAGGACUUCCCCGCCCUGGCCUAACAGCCAUUCCCCUGCAGCAGAGCAGCACUAUGAAGAGACUUUCCUUGCCUCGAGAAGAGUCAGACUCUAAGAACAAUAGAUGUUGCUUUUCCUGUGUCGUGUGAA